CUCUUCCACCAACAUAGCUUCCGCCUCUCCCAUUGGCAUAAUGUGUCUUCUCCAGACACCCUACAGUGGCACAGCUGCAUUGGUACUGUAGACUUGCCCUGAGACACAAGAAUUCUGUGGCGGAGCAGGGACUUGAACCCAGGUUUCACACAUCCUAGGCUAGUGCCUAAUGUCUAGACUUUCCUUCCUUUCUCUUCUUAAACCUUUAGAAUUAGAUCAGUGUUAGACCCCAAAAAAGCCUGGAUCCUCACAUGUGUGGCUAAAUCCCCUGCUUUGCUUUGAAAAUCCCAACCAAUGCUUUUUGGUUGCAUCCAUUUUGCUGAGGCGUCUGCCUUCAGAAGCCAGUUAAAGUCAUGACAAGUGAAACUUCUCUGUGUCUUGGUUUUAUUUGCUGUGGAAAUGCUAAUAGAUCCUUUACUAUUGCACGUGGAGUGUGGAGUAUGGAAAGUAAUUAGUGCAUUUUGAAGUACAUCCUUGAAGAUUAAAAACAUAAUUCAUUAGGCUGACAUGAGCAUGGAGCAUGCAACAACAUUUCAUGUUGUCUUAGCUGAUUAUUUUUUGGAGUCACAUUGGGUUUAAACAUUAAGUUCAGCCCAUAUAAAAAAAGCUACCAUGCUACACUCCAGCAUUAGACAAGCAAACAAUGACAGACUUUGAAGAUAUUAUCAACACAAUAGGAGAUUUGGGACCAUUUCAAAAACGGCUGGUGCUGAUGCUCAGCCUUGCAAACUUUCUAGCGGUUUUUCCUAUGUUUGGCCAAGUGUUCAUGGUUCUAGAUGUGCCUCAUCACUGUAAGACGAGCUGGAUCUAUGCCAUUAGCUUAAACCUGACUAAGGAACAGCAGCUGAACCUAACUAUCCCUGGGAACACACGGCGAUCUUAUGAAGAAUGCCUCAUGUAAACUCCUGUGAAUUGCGAUAUUGACUCCAUCGUAGAAUACAUCCUUAAUGUCACUCAGAAGUGCCAAGAGGGGUGGGUCUAUUCUUCAGGACAAAACCCAAUGUUGGUGACUCAGUUUGACCUGGUAUGUCACCAAAAAGAGCUAAAUGAUAUCUCCCAAUCCAUUUACAUGAUGGGACCUCUCCUUGGAGCCAUGGUCUUCGGUUUCUUAAGUGACAGGAUUGGGUGGUGUCCCAUCAUUUUGCUUUCCAUGCUUAUAAUGGGGGCAUUUGGUGUUGGAGCAGCUUUUGUGCCAAAUUUCUAUGUCUACAUCGUCUUGAGAUGUCUUGUGGGUGCUGCUGAAUCUGGAAUCUUCAUAGGAUCUGUGUUAAUGUCUCUAGGUACUGAAUGGGUUGGAGUCCCUUACCAGUGACAUUCAGUAAUUGUUACCCACUGCGACUUUUCCAUUGGACAGAUGGUUUUGGCUGGCUUAGCUUAUGGCGUUCGCAACUGGAGGUUACUGCGAAAGCCAUUGUUAAAGGCCCCUGUCUUUUGUCUUUUCUUUUACAUAGGGGUCCUUCCAGAAUCUGCUUGGUGGCUCCUGACAAAAGAGAAGGUAAAGGAAGCCAAAAAACUGAUUCAAAAGGUAGCAUCUGUGAAUAAAUGGACCAUCUCUCCAGAACUGCUUGGUCAGCUGUCGCCUGAGAAAAAGGUCAAGUCUGGAAAUAUUCUGGAUCUCUUCCUCAAGAAGCACCUAAGGAAAUUGACUUUAGUUAUGGCUUAUAUCUGGUUUGUGAACAGACUGGUGUACUACGGUCUGAGCCUUAAUGUGGGGAGUUUUGGCUUGGACAGUUACCUGACGCAGCUUGUGUUUGGGGCUGUUGAAAUACAAGCUCGCUUCGGCUGUAUCUUCCUUCUGCAGUGGUUUGGGAGGAAGAAAUGCCAGGGCUUCUUUCUGCUGCUGGGCGGAGCCGUGUGUCUCAUCACCGGCAUCCCAAAAGAUUUGCCGGUGGUGGUCACAAUGCUGGCUGUGAUAGGGAAGUUUGCCAUUGCGGCCGCUUUUCCUAUCUCCUAUGUGUAUUCUGCAGAGCUGUUCCGCACCAUCAUCAGAUGAGGUACUGGUGUGGGGUUGUGUUCAAUGUCAGCCAGAGUGGGUGGCAUCAUCUCCCCUCUGAUUAGUCUCUUGGACAAGUACCAUCCCGCUAUUCCCAUGGCAAUAUUUGGAAGCACUCCAGUGAUUGCAGGAAUCCUCUGCUUCCUGCUUCCAGAGAUCAGGGGUGGGGAGCUUCAGGAUCACAUGGAGGAAGCUACGGAGAGCCAGUGGUCCGGUGAAAAUGGACACUUGAAACUAAAAGAUGGCGACCGAGAUGUAGGACACACAAGGAUCACGCGAGUUUAGCUGAGCCAGCGAACAGCCAUAAGAUCCUGAGGAAUCAAAGACCACGUAGUGUUGUACUGGGAAUGAGGUCUGCAAGCCAUCAGUGGAUUCAGCUUGGUUUUUUAUUUACACUAAUUCCUGGAGCAGAACAGUUCUCUGCUAGCACUUGUUCUCCUCUUUCCCAUUUGCCCUCCCCAUGUGCUCCCUCUUAGCGUUCCCCAGUAAGUCCUGCAGUUAAUCACUGCUGCUACAUUCAGUGAGUAUUAGAUACAACCGCCCAGUUGGGAGAAAUUGGAGGGAUGAAUUUAAGAUAAAAAUCAGAAGCUAAGACAGGGUCUCUUGUUUCGUCUUCU